AUGUCAAUAAAACCAGAUUUAUAUGAUCAUUACCCUAUAACUUCAUUACCAAGAAUUCCAGAUCUCAAAUUAAAUGAGAAAAUCAAAAUUUCAAUACCGUCAAAUAAUAAUACAAUAGAUUUAGGUAUUUCAAAAUCAAAUAUUUCAACUUAUUUAAUUAAACCAAGUCCAAAAUUAUUAUGGUCCCAUUCAUUAAAUCCAACGACAGUAGUGAACGCAAUAGAUACUACUAUAUAUAAUGAUAACAAGAUUUAUUUAGUAAGUUUAACUGAUCGAAAUAAAAUAGAUAACAUUUUGUUAAUUAAAGCUAAAAUUAAUGAUAAUACCAUUGAACCAGCUACUGAUACUUUUGAAAUCAAAUUAAAAGCUAAAUGCAAAUGUAUAAAUUUGAGGAUAUUGAGCGAGGAUAAAUAUUUAAUAGUGUAUGAGAAUGGGACCGUUGAGUUUUUAAAAUUUGAAAAUAAUGAAUUAAGCUUAGGGAGUGGCACAAAUGUUGAAGACAAUAAAUUAUUAAAUUCCACAUUCAUUAAUGAUUUAACUGAGAACAAUGAACUAUUUCUAUUAACUAUUAGUCAGAAACGGAGUUCUUUAUUAUACAAAUUAUAUUCUAUAAAGGAUAAUGAAUCGAUAAUUGAGAUAAAUUCGUCAACCACCGAAUCAAAAUCAAAAAACCCAUUAUUUGCAUAUAUCUCAGGGAUCUUAUAUCAGUAUAUCCCAGAAUCAAAACUCAUUGAAUCUAUAUCUAUUACAAAUUUUAAAGCUUUAUCAACAGUAUCCACAAGUUCCAUAAUUGACGAAAAUGAUAAUGAUCUAACUUCAAUACAUGCUUGUGCACCUGAUCGUUUAUUAAUCAGUCAUUCAGACACUUUAUAUUUAAUCAAUUUUAAAUAUGAAGCAUUAUUAUCUAAAUUCGUUUCAAAAAGUAGUAAAACUGGCAAUUUCAAACCUGAUCAAAUUUACUUAAACUUGGUUUCACAAAUUAAAGGAUCAUCUCAAUCUACACAAUUAACAAAUGCAUAUUUCAUAAAUUUAAAAGAUAAAGAUAUGAAUGUAUAUUUAAACAGUAUUGAAUUAAAUGUUGGUUUUAAUAAAAUCGAUGAAUGUUUAGGUAAAUCAAUAAAUGGGAACCCAAACCAAAAUAAUUUUAAUCAAGUAUUGGAUAUAUUUGACAUUGACGAAGAUAAAGAAAGAGAAAACUCAACUGAAUUGCAUGAAAUUUACGAUUCGUUAAAAACUGCAAUGGAAUCUGAAAAUAUUAACAAAUGGGAAUCCAUACUAAUUCCAUAUUUGAAAAAUAACAAACAAUGGAGUGAAAUCAAAAUUGCAAAACCCAAAAACUAUGAGAAAAUUUACAAUUUCAAAGAAUUUGAAGCUGAAAACGAUCGAAUUAUAGAUAUAAACUUCUUAAAUUCAAUAUUGGACUUAAUAUUUCAAAUCAAUGAUGAUGGAUUAACUUUUAAAAAUUUUAAAUUCAUACCUGAAUACACUUUAAUGUAUUUAUUAACUAAUCCAUUAUUUCCAAAUAAGUAUUCAUCAGGAUUAAUUGAAUUAUUUGACCAAUUGGACUUAAAAGUUUUAUUAAGACAAACUAUAAAUACAUGUCCUAGAAUAUCAUGCAAAGAAUUGGUCAAUCAAUUAUUUAAACAAAAUAUGUCAGAUGAAAUUUUAAUAGAUUUGAUAAAUCGAAUAAUUAAUGAAUUUAAUCAUAGAGAAAUUUUGAUCAAUAUUAAACAGAUAAAUAAUGAGAAUAAUAAUUCAAUUGAUAUAGUAAACUUAAUCUCAAAUUUGAUUAAGUUGAAUUCAGAUAAUAUUUGGUAUCUAAUUGAAAUUUUAAUUGAUGUUAGAGGGUUAUUGACAUUUGGAAAUAAUGAAAAUUUGGAAAAUCUAUUACAAAUAGUAGAUUCAAAAUUAAACUUAAUUGAAUCGAACUGUUUCAACUUAUCAUUAACUAAUAAACUUUUAUCAAAGAAUACAAAUAACAACUCCAAGAAUGAAAUUGAAAAUUUAUUAUUAUCAAAUCAGGAGGACAAAACUAAAGCUAAAUUAAAUAACGAAAAAAUAUCAAACUAUUCAAUAGAAACAGUUGAAUUCAUAUAG